CUUGUGACUUGUUGACAGGACAGGACGCCACCGCGGUCGCGCUCGGCUCACACGGCUCCGCUCGCCUCUCUCCCCGUUCUCACCUCCUUUCCUCCCCACUUCCGUCCCGUACUCCCGUUGCGUGCCCCUCACUUCCACACUUAGCGCUGCCCGUACCCCCAUCAACUCCAUUCCAUCCGUUUUCUUGGAACGGUGCACGCGCCCAGAAGCAUCCGAGAGAGCAGGAUCUAACAAGUCUCUGCUGGUAGAAGCAUGGCUCAUCUUGGUGGCCACCGCCGGCUGUUGGGAACGGCCCCGGCUCCGGCCGGGGACGGGGCGUCCCACGGCUCGAGCUCCAGCCCUGACGCGAUGCGGAUCAUGGUGGGCGUGCUGGUGACGGUCAUCGUCUGCACGCUGCUCUACUGCGUCUACUGCUGGCGGUGGCGGAAGCGCAAUGCCAUCCGGAGAUCCCUGCUGGACAGCCUAUGGCCGCGGUCGAGCUCGGACCUGCCGCUCAUGGACCUCGCCUCCAUCCUCGCUGCCACCGACAACUUCUCCAAGGCCAACAAGCUCGGCGAGGGCGGCUUCGGCCCGGUCUACAGAGGCGUGCUGAGCGGCGGCUCCGAGAUCGCCGUGAAGCGUUUGUCGGCGCGGUCGCGGCAGGGCGCGGCGGAGUUCCGUAACGAGGUGGAGCUGAUCGCCAAGCUGCAGCACCGCAACCUGGUGCGCCUGCUGGGCUGGUGCGCCGAGCGCGACGAGAAGCUACUGGUGUACGAGUACCUCCCCAACCGCAGUCUCGACGCCUUCCUCUUCGAUCGGAGCAAGAGCGCGCAGCUUGGGUGGAGCACCCGGCACAACGUCAUCCUGGGCAUCGCGCGCGGCCUGCUGUACCUCCACGAGGACUCGCUGCUCAAGGUGGUCCACCGGGACCUCAAGGCCAGCAACGUGCUCCUCGACCACAAGAUGAGCCCCAAGAUCUCCGACUUCGGCAUGGCCAAGAUCUUCGAGGACGACUCCGACGGGAUCAACACGGGCCGCGUCGUCGGGACCUACGGGUACAUGGCGCCAGAGUUCGCGUUGGAGGGCGUCUUCUCGGUGAAGUCCGACGUGUUCAGCUUCGGAGUCCUCCUGCUGGAGAUCCUGAGCGGGCAGCGGAACGGCGCCUUGUACCUCGAGGAGCACCAGCAGUCCCUCAUCCAAGAUGGAUGGAAGCUGUGGAGUGAAGAUCGCGCGGGCGAGUUCAUGGACCCGUCGCUGGGGCGAUCCUACUCCAAGGACGAGGCGUGGCGGUGCUACCACGUCGGCCUGCUCUGCGUGCAGGAGAACCCCGACGUCCGGCCGACCAUGUCCAACGUCCUGCUCAUGCUCAUCAGCGACCACAUGAAGCUCCCUGAGCCAGCCAUGCCGCCCCUCUUCACGCGGCUCAGGAACAUCUCCCUGAUGGCGCCGCCACUCACGACGAAAACCGAGUCCACGAUGUCUCCGCUGUCCAUCAACGAUGUCUCCAUCACAAUGAUCGAACCGCGCUGAGCGGCUGAGGUCAUCCAAUCAUCACUUCGAUGACGAGCUAGGUGUUCUAUGUGUCGUUCAUGCAUUUUGUAGUUCUGAAAACGGAGUGACAUGUAUUGAGGAAACUGAGGGAGAGCCUUCAAGUGUAAAUAAGAGUGCAAUCGUUUAGAAUGAGUAACAUGUUAUGCAACUACUCCUAUGUACUAGUACUAGUAGUAAGUUUUUCCAUGCUGUGCACAAGUGUGGGAUUUAACUACUAAAUUCCACCCGGAAAUGCAGGGUUUGGCGUA